GCCCCCUUUUCGCGUGAAAAACUUGUACUCGGUGAUCGUCGAAUACAAACAUGGGGAAGAUAUCCUGUACGCAAGACAGAAAGGAGUCGCUCUAAUUCUUUAUCAAAGAAAAAUAUGUUCAAAUAUAAUUGGCCAAAGGUAUUUACACGUUUGCAUGGUAUUCAAGACAAAAAAAUUCAACAUUUUCAAAGUCUUCGGGAAAAUAAGCAAUAUAGAUGGGAACAUCGUCUAAUUUUGGUACAAGGAGAAAAAAAUAUCCUCGACUUAAUAAAGAGAAAUCAUCCGACCAAAAGUUUAGUAGUGGCAGCUCCUAACAAGCCUAAAACCAAAUAUGAAAUCCAGCCACCAGCUUUGGAUUAUCUUGAGAAUCCUAAUCGAAUUGUUGCUGAUAAUUAUUAUCUUAUGAACAUUGAUAUGGUUCGAAAGAUUUUAGGAAGUGGUGCAAAACCAGAACGUCAUGAGCUUGUGGCCGAAGUUAAUUUUCCUCCAAUAGUAUUUCCACCAAAAGAACAAAUGACCAAAUUUUUAGUGCUUGAAAAAGUGAAUGAUCCAUAUGAUUUGGGAAUGUUGGUUCGCUCUGCAAAAGCUUUGGGAUGGAGUGGGUUAUAUUUGACCAACAAAAGUGGUGAUGUUUAUAAUAGUUUUGCUCAAAAAGUUUCAAAGUCUCAUUCUUUGACUUGGCCAUAUAUAUAUGGAUCUUCUGAAGAGUUGUGCAAAUUUUUGUAUGAUAAUGAGUUGAAGUUGCUUAUUGCAGAGCCACCCAAACAGGAACUUCAAGCAAUUUCUCAAGUGUUUUGUAAAUCUAAUAAUAGAAUCUCUACAUGCACUGAAGAACUAGAACAGCAUGAUGAUAUAAUAAAAACAUCACUACUUUUUUGGAAUAGUAAUACAUCUGACUUAUCAGAAUUAAAAUUACCAUCAAGAAUUGCACUUUUAUUAAGCAGAGAGCUUAAAUCUGGAAGAAGAGAUAAUGAAAACUCAAUAUCAAUUGAAAAUGAAAUGAGAGUUGGUAUAAAUGCACCGUUUAUUGAUGUUCCAUCAGCUGGAAGUAUAAUAAUGUGGGAGCUUAAUCGAAUAACUGCAAACUUAUAA